AUGAGGCUGGGUGCGUACACUAAGGAGCUGGAGGCAGCCACGGCCUACGCAGCAGCGGUGCACGUGGUCAAAGAAGGUAAGCGCGUGUCAGGCACAGUGGAGCUGACGGAUGAGGAGAAGGGUAUGCUGGAGGGGUGCACGUUGGCAGCUGUCAGGCGGCUGGUUAGGAGCCGUCAGUGGUUCCGAUGGCAGGAGUGGGAGACGGCACUAGUGGACUGCACGGAGGAGGAGACAGCAGGGGACGGCGACGAGCACUCCGACUCGCAAGACGAUGACGCGGGGGAUGCAGCCGGAUGUGCCGUGGAGGAAGGAGAUGAGGUGAUUGAGUUGGAUGGGGAAGGGUUGGGCGACGCAGAGGGAACGGCCGGGCGGGGCACACCUCAUGAACUCAAUGAGGACGCUGCUGCAGACGAGGGUGUGGCUAGUGCGGCCGGUGGUGCAUCGCAAGUCUCGCCGAAUGCGGCGGUCGCGUCUAGCGUCGGUGCGGGCGAUGAGGAUGUGGGUAGCCAUGGCGAAGGGGAGGCUGCGCCUGUCCGAUCCAAGGCUGUUGCGUCCGUUAUGGCCGAAGAGCCUAGCGCGGCAAAAGGAAAGGCUGCGGCAUCUGCGCCUAAACCGGUGGGUGACAACCCCUUGGAGGCAAUGCCCUGCGCAUCUGCGCAGCCGGCAAGUGGAUCUCGUCGGGAUGAGACGGUUGCCGAUGACGCCGUCGUGAUGAGCCGUGCCGAGCUUGACGCGCUGAAAACGGCAAGAGACGAGGGCGAGCGUCGGAUCGCGUGGCUGGAGGCGCUGCUGCUGGCCAUGAACGAGAGGGAAACGCAGAACAAGAGGCCGAGGGGUCCGAGGGUGAAACGGGCGCAGGGAGAUGCGCGGCCGCACAAGCGCAGGCGAGUCGAAUCGGGCUCGGAGGACGCGACAUCAGAGGAGGGAGAGGAAGAAGAUGCAGAGGCGGAGCCAGUGAGGGCACGCCGUGUGGUCCGGCGGCGCCAUAUGACAGUGCCGAGCUCACCCAUACUUCAGGAGGCAUUUGAUUUCCUGCCGUCCGGCAAAGCAUGGAAGGUUACCGACACGGUUCUUAACAGGGACAAGCGCAAGGCCCGCCUAUCAAACUCUGCUGGUGGCAACGCGGAGGUGGUGAACGGCCUCCACCAGGUCGCCGAGGGGGCUGUGGCGUAG